ACACUUGCCAAAACGGAAACAUUUACUUCUCCGUUGCUCAAAUUUGUGGUUUAUCUGUUGGACCCAACUUCUCAGUCGGGCUGAGGAGAUGGCGGAGGAGGACGUUCAAUACGCUUCAGUGACUUUCAAAAAUAAGAACCAGUCCCAGGAAAGGCCUAAACGUGAAGAAGAUACUGUGUAUGACAAUGUGAGGGUGAACCAUAAAACCACCCAGGAAACUCCGGAUGCAAAAGGAGGACUUUUGUCAGAAAAGGAAGAAGAAAAAUGUUGUCAAAACUAUAAACUGUUGGCUGUUUGUUUUGGAGUCAUUUGCCUUGUUUUGUUGUUGAGCAUCGUUGGAUUCGUUCUCUACGUUGCAUUAAUUCACAAGAGUGAUGAAAACAACCAGUUGAAAGCCAACCAAUCAGCUCGGCAAAAGGAAAACGAGAACCUGACAAACUUUAAAAUCAAACUGAGUGCAGAUGUUGUGAAUGUGACGGGCAUGUUUGACAACCUGAAAAAAAACUUUACUGUUCUAGAACUCAAGGUCACAAGUCUGACAGCAGAAAACCAAAACCUGACGUCACAAAAUGAGAAGCUGAAGACGAGCGAGAAAAUCCUCACGGAACAGGUUCAGAUGUUGGAGAAAAAUCUGACUGAGUUCAACGUGGUUCUGCUUCAGAGGGUCAUGGAUAACUACUGUCCUAAAGAAAAUAACGACAGGAAGUGUAAACCUUGUCAGAAAGACUGGAACCAGAAGGAGUCCAGCUGUUAUGUAUAUAAUAAUGCUAAAGGUGCUGAGCAGAGAAGCUGGGCAGGAGCACAAGAUGACUGCAAAGAAAAAUUGUCUAGUCUGACUGUUAUUUCUGAUGAAAAUGAAAAGACUCACGUCUUUACUAUCAGUGCUCCGGAAGGUGGAAUCAGUGGAUUCUGGAUCGGUCUCAGAGCCGUAAACAGGACAUGGAAAUGGAUCGAUGGAACUGACCUGAUCAACCAGACGUGGGUGGAUAAACCUGCUGCUGAUGGUCAGUGUGUAACUUCUCUCAGAGGCUCUGGAUGGAGAUCAGUGAGCUGUGAGACCAAGAAUGCAUGGAUCUGUGAAAAUAAAGCCUUAUCCAUACCAUAGAUCUGAAACCUCAGAAAUAUUUUAAAUUAGAGGUUCAUUACAUUUACCUUCAGUUUAACAAUGUAUUUCUGAGCAUUAGUGUACAUUAGUCUGAAUGUCUGGGAUUAACUGUUUGUCAUGUUUGGCUGAGUUAAUAAAGUUUUAUGAGUUUGAUCAACGUUUAGCAGCCAGAUGAUGAAAGCUGCAGUUAAAAACCUGAGAAGAUGUUGCUGAUGCUCUUUACAGGUUAGAUCAGUCAUCCUUGCUGUAAUAAUGAGAACUCUUCAAUUUACCCACAACAAACUGUCUAGACAUAAAAACAGAAGUAAAAACCAAACAGUCCUCCUUUUCAUCUACCACCCCCACCUGCUGCAGCUACACAUCUAGAAGUUUCUUUUCUUCCUCCUAAACUGUAAAUAAUUUCAUUAGAAACAAUAUAAGUAAAUUAUGUACAGAGACAUCCUAAUGUUCACUUUUUGUGCAUGUUUUAGAAUUAUAUUAAAGUCUUUAAUGUUUUUAUUUCAGUGCAGGUAUUUGUAAAAUUUCUCAUUCAAAACUGAAAUUUUAGAAAAAUGUUUAUUACAACAAUUAAUGGUCCAAAAUGUACAUAUCACAACUCAAAAUGUAAAUAAAAUGUGGUUCAGGUAUAAUAUCUGUAAAUAUUUGAUGUAGUUUGUCAUGCCGGCUUCAAAAUGAAACUUUCAUCUCUCA